UGAACGUUUGUUGACUUUGUUGGAUGAGACCUCGCAUACAAGUACACCUCACCAAAUGGCCAAACUACUGAACUAUUCGAAACUUCGUGAUACUUGGCUGGCGCACUUGAAUUUUCAUCACGUCGAAACUCGAAGCCAGCGACACCAUUUCUGCGCAAAGCCAAAAGGUUGAACUAAUUUCUCUAUUUUACUUCAUGAACUACUUGCCCUCAUUGGUUUUGCAUAGAAAAUUUUUUCGCUGGAAGGUUGAACUAGUUCAGAUUUUAUGCGUCGGGAAGAUGCAAAAAACCUGGUAAAGUUCCGCUGGCAGAAGCAGCAGAGAAAAUGCAGCGAUUUUCGUCUAAGGCAGCGUCCCUCCGCUCCAAAUACCGUAUCUUCCCACACUCCUUUGGAUUAAACACUCCGUUCAACGCUCUUAUCAAACCAUGCGUUGCAGCCCCCUCAAAUCUUAAACCCUGUUUCUCUUCCUUUCAUUCUCGAAUGGGUUCUACCCAGAUGACACUAGGCUUCGACCCAAAUCAGGGAUCCGCAAAACUCGAUCAGGAAAAUGAUACUAGAAGAGGGUCAGGUCUCGUUCGCCUUGAAAACAAGCCAGGUGACUAUUCACAUGAUGAGAAUUAUGAUGAAUUCGCUGCUGAUGUUGAAAAGGUUUAUAGAAUUUUGAGGAAAUUCCACUCUAGGGUCCCAAAACUGGAACUUGCUUUGCAGGAGUCGGCUGUUGUUGUGAGGUCGGGUUUAACCGAACGCGUCUUGAAUCGCUGCGGAGAUGCGGGGAACUUAGGGUAUAGGUUCUUUGUGUGGGCUUCGAAGCAACCGGGUUAUAGACACAGUUAUGAUGUGUACAAAGCCAUGAUCAAGAUAUUGGGGAAGAUGAGGCAGUUUGGUGCUGUUUGGGCACUAAUUGAGGAGAUGAGGAAACAGAAUCCUCUGUUAAUUUCACCUGACUUGUUUGUUAUGCUGAUAAGGAGAUUUGCAUCAGCAAGGUUGGUCAAGAAAGCGAUUGAGGUUUUGGAUGAGAUGCCCAAAUAUGGAUGCGACCCAGAUGAGCACGUGUUUGGGUGCUUAUUGGAUGCAUUGUGCAAGAAUGGUAGUGUCAAAGAAGCUGCAUCCUUGUUUGAGGAUAUGAGAAUUCAAUUUACCCCAACUUUGAAGCAUUUUACUUCAUUAUUGUACGGUUGGUGCAGAGAAGGAAAACUUAUGGAGGCAAAAUUUGUGUUGAUACAGAUGAAGGAAGCGGGAUUUGAGCCAGAUGUAGUGGUUUACAACAAUCUUCUAAAUGGAUAUGCUGUAGCCCGGAAAAUGGCGGAUGCAUAUGACCUUUUGAAGGAGAUGAGAAGGAAGGGUUGUGAGCCUAAUGCAGCAUCAUUCACGAUUUUGAUUCAGGCACUUUGUUCCAUGGAAAAAAUGGACGAGGCAAUGAGGGUUUUUGUUGAGAUGCAGAGGAGUGGCUGUGAGGCAGAUGUUGUGACUUACACUACCUUAAUAAGUGGAUUUUGCAAGUGGGGGAAGAUUGAAAGGGCUUAUGAGCUUUUGGAUGGUAUGAUACAACAAGGCCACACACCAAAUCAAAUGACUUAUUUGCACAUCAUACUUGCACAUGAGAAGAAGGAAGAGAUGGAAGAGUGUCUGGAACUAAUGGAGGAGAUGGGAAAGAUUGGUUGCAGUCCUGAUCUCAGUAUCUAUAAUGUGGUUAUUCGCUUGGCAUGCAAGUUGGGGGAGGUUAAAGAAGGUGUCCGUCUGUGGAAUGAAAUGGAAGCAAUUGGGCUUCCUCCAGGGCUUGACACAUUUAUAAUAAUGAUUCAUGGGUUUCUUAGCCAAGGUUGUCUGCUUGAGGCUUGUCAGUACUUCAAAGAAAUGGUUGGGAGGGGUCUUUUAUCUUCUCCUCAGUAUGGUACAUUGAAAGACCUACUGAAUUCUCUAUUAAGAGCUGAGAAGCUUGAAAUGGCUAAAGAUGUUUGGAGUUGCAUCAUGACCAAAGGGUGUGAGCUUAAUGUGUAUGCAUGGACAAUAUGGAUUCAUGCGCUGUUCUCAAAUGGGCAUGUGAAGGAGGCUUGUUCAUACUGUUUGGACAUGAUGGAUGCAGAUAUAAUGCCACAGCCAGAUACUUUUGCUAAGCUCAUGAGGGGUCUAAGGAAACUAUAUAACAGGCAGAUUGCCGCAGAAAUUACAGAGAAGGUGAGGAAAAUGGCUGCAGAUAGACAGGUGACUUUCAAGAUGUAUAAACGGCGGGGUGAGAGGGACUUGAAAGAAAAAGUGAAAGCAAAAAAGGAUGGGAGGAAGAGGAGGGCUCGCCGACGGCAGUGGGGCAGGGGUCGUGGUAGAGCUAACAUUUUGUAAUUUGAAUGAGAAGGAUUCUGUUAAUUUGAUGGAUUUAGUCCCAUUUUUUUUUAGGGGUAGUGAUGAGGUUCAUAUCCAUGGAUGGAAAAAUGCUGAAUUGUUUUACCCCUUGGUGAAAUUCAUUGAGAUGUACUAGGGAUAAAUUUUCAAUGAGCUUUUCAUUUAAAACA